UUAAUGCCUUUUCGAGUGUGUGUUCUUAAACGAUGGAUGCAUUAGACGAGAUAGUUCCUUUCCUAGCGAAAACCGCCCGUCUAGAUCUGAAGGUUGUAUCGCUCUCACACGUGCUUGGACUUACUGGCUCCGUGGACGGCAUAAAGCUGCUGGUGCAGAAUGAAACGUUGCUGAACAACUUGCUCGAUCUUACUGGCGAAGAGUCGGUUGCGAAAGAUGCAGUGCUGUGCUUCGUUAACAUCACGGCGGAAGAAACAGGAGCGGCUGUGGUGGUUGAUAAGCUCACCGAACGAUUGGUCCCACUGGCGUAUGAAGCGGUGCUGGAUGAGAACUGCAAACUAAGCGACGCCUGGUGCAUGGUGCUGUGCAAUAUCACCCGCCCCGAGCAUCUCGUCGAGCGGGUGCUGGCGCGUUUGCUGGCGAUCGAAUUUUCCCUCGAAAAGCUUACCACGUGCUUCACGCGCGUUAGCUACAACAAGCAAAAGUGCCACCUUAACUACCUCGGUCCCCUGUUUAGCAACGUGUCGCAGAGUAAGGCGGGCCGCGAGGUGUUCUGUAACCAGCAGACGGGACUGCUGCGACGGUUGCUACCGUUCGUGCAUCACGAGGGCAGCAUCGUGCGGCGGGGCGGUGCCGUUGGUUUGCUUAAAAACGUUUGCUUCGAUUCCUCCGUGCACGAGUGGUUGCUGAGUGAGGAGAUGGACGUGCUGCCGUUCGUACUGCUGCCGCUCGCCGGACCGGAGGAGCUAGACGACGAGACGAACGAGAAGCUGCCGGUUGAUUUGCAGUACCUUGGGCCGGAUAAGAGGCGUGAGGAUGAUCCGGACGUGCGCAAGAUGUUGGUGGAAUCGUUGGCACAGCUGUGCGCGACACGCAAGGGUAGGUCGUACUUGCGCGACCACGGUACGUACGAGAUUUUGCGCGAGCUGCACAAAUUCGAGUGCAGUCCCGAGGGUGACAAGGUGGUGCUGAACGCGGUAGAGAAUGUGGUGGAUAUUUUAAUAAGAACGGAAGAAGAAAUUGGCGAGGACAAUCUGAAGCAGCUAGAAAUUCCGGACGAUGUGAAGGCGAAAAUCGAAAGCAUGACCGAUGUGGUGGAAAAAUAGAAAAAUCAAACCCUAUCAAACGAA